CCCGUCCACAGUCAAGGGACGUGAAUAAGUCCAUUGACCCUAGGAUGCAGCAUCUCCGCUACCGAUUCUUGCCCUCGCGCGCGACCACGCAAGCUGUCCGGCUUGUGCGCUCGCUGCUAAGCAUCAUCUUUGCACCCGUCACCUGGGUUCUCCGCAUCACCUACGUUUACAUCCAAUUCCUCAUCACCCUCUUCUUCCAACCCAAAAUACCGCCUAGACAGAUCAAGCGCCCGUACGGGCGCAUCGCCGUCAUUGGAGCAGGGCUCACUGGUGUUUCUUCCGCCGCACAUGCCAUCUCACAUGGCUUCGAGGUUGUCAUCUAUGAAGCCUGCGAUCGCACUGGCGGCAUCUGGGCACGCGAGAAUAGGACGUCAGGUCUUCAGCUCAACUCGAUUCUUUACCGCUUCCACCCUUCUGUGAUAUGGAAGAAGGCGUUCCCGCAGCGUGAUGAGAUUCUCGAUCAAAUCAACAAGGUGUGGAAGGAGUACAGACUUGAGGAGCGCACGCGAUUCAACACCUCGCGAUUUAGACGCAACCUAAUCCGCCUUGUACCGCCUGCAGCUUCCAACAUCUCUCCCUCGCAAUGGUUUAUCAAUAACGGCGAAGAUGGCCCCUUCGACGCGAUUAUCGUCACCAUCGGCACGUGCGGCGAACCGAACUGGGUCCAGUUCGAAGGCCUCCCCAAGAACCUCGGCCAGAAACGCUCUCAUGAAACCCCUCAGCAUGACGACGGGCAUGAGCAGGACUGGGGGACGUUCAAGGGCACUGUGCUGCACUCGUGCGAGCUCGACAGUGCUACAGAGGAAAUGAUCAGGGGCAAGAAUGUGGUCGUCGUAGGUAGCGGGGCGUCGGGUGUCGAGGCAGUUGAGACGCUGCUCGAGCGCAAGCCGAAGCACGUCGUUAUGCUGGCGAAGAGUGACAAGUGGAUUAUCCCUCGGAAUGUCAUUAUCGACACCGCGCUCGCUGCUCAACCGUUUGGGAGGAACAUGCCCUUGAGCUUCAUCUGGUCAUGGUUCUUGAGCGUAUGGCAAUACCACGGUGUCGAGGAGCUCAUCCCUGACAAAGGUGUCUAUACCGACACCCCGGUCGUCAACGACGUCUUCCUCGACCACGUUCGCGCGGGCCGGUGCUCCUACGUCCGCUGCGAAACGGAGCGCUUCACCAAGCGCGGUGCGCUCGUCAAACUCUACGACCGCAUCGACCGGCGGAAACCCUCCCACGGCUCUCACUCGCGAAACACCCACCCGGAGGAGCCGCACGAGGAGGAGAUCGAGGCGGACGUGGUCGUGCUCGCGACGGGGUACAAGAAGCCGAGCAUGGACUUUUUGCCGCAGGAGCUGUUCCCCGAGGGGUAUGAGCGGCCGAAUCUGUACCUGCAGAACUUCUCGACGGAGGACUGGAGCUGUCUGAUGACGAACUCGGCAUAUAUAAAUGCGAUCGGGACGGUUGGGCAUGUGCAUAUUGGCUUUUACACACGCAUACUGUUGACACUGCUGCUCGACCCGGACGCGCGCCCGAUGAAGAAGGACAUGAAGCUCUGGGUCGAUCUCAUCCGGUACGUCAAGCGUGGGGCUAGCGGUGGUGCGUUGGGCUUCUUCACCUAUGCCGAAUUGACGGUUUGGUUGGUGCUGUUCCACAUCGUCCGGCCGGACCGGUUGCGGUGGUUGUUCUUCAUUUGGCCUGGGUGGGGUGUGCAUCCGGAUGAUGAGUCGCUGUAUCCCAAUAGGCAGGAGAUUGGUGAAGAAGGGUCGAGUCCGAAUAGACGGAGGAAAUAUGAACCCGCAGGUGUAUUUUAG